AUGGAAGCUCAAUCUAGCCAAUCCCGAUUGGUGCUUCCGUCAUGCGGAACGCUUUUUAAAUGGACGAAUUACAUUAAUGGUUGGAGACAGCGAUAUUUCGAGAUAAAACAUGGACACCUGUUGUACUACAUUAGUAAGGAGGACCAGGCAUCCGUAUGUCGAGGCAGUGUUUCUAUUAAGAGCAUUAAGAUUACUUUGCAUGAAUUCAACGACUGUGAGUUCAUGGUGUCGGUUGGAGGGGAUAUUGCCUGGCAUCUCAGAGCUGAAAACACUCACAUGCGAGCCCUUUGGGUAAAGGCUCUAACGCAAGAUUCAAACGACUCAGAUUAUGGCACUAAUUCCCCUAAAACUCAUUCGAGCAACACUUCUCUCUCUUCACUGACAUUCGAUAAGAAGGAUCAAAAUGUUGUUUCCCGUAUCGCUGAGUUGGAGGCGUAUCGAACAAUGUGUCGCGAGCAGAUGAUGUCACUUCGAAGGGAUCUGCAGCAGAUUGGAGUGCCACAAGCUAGAAUUUUGUGUAUUAACGCGACACAUAUUGCCAUGCUUGAUAACAUCAACCAGAUUAUCAGUCUUGCAAAGAAUCAGGUUGGCAAUUCACGCCACAGACUCUCUAUCAAUCUCGACAUUGGUCGAACAUUUCUUUAUAUGCUUGUUGAGCAAAGACGAGAUGUUAUAAGUCAUGGAACAUUUUAUCUGCAGACAAGUGAUUGUGGCGAUGAGUGGCACGACGCUGAUGAACAUUCAUCUUUGUCGUUUGAUAGUGCUGAGGAAGCUAUGGAACGCCAGUCUCAUUCAUCUGAAAACCCUAUAACCGUAAACUUCGUCCGAGACGAACGAGAAAAUGAGCAGAAAACUAGUCGAGUUAGUUGCAUAGUUACUCUUUUAUUUGGGGAUUACGACAAUGUUUUAAUUCCGAAUACCCACUCCUAUUACGAUUUGAUAGACAAUUUAACGAAAGAGCAGCUCAGAUACGCUCUUGCUGGUGUUGAAGAAAAAGUUUGGACCCUUUUUGCCGAAGAUGGUGCAAUGAAGAUGUACACACGAGAAGAAACUGUUGAUGGAGGAUUGCCUAUAGAUCCACUUAAAGCAGUUCACCAAGUGAAGGGAGUGACAGCUCUUGAAUUCAUGCAUUACUUCUUCGAUGACAAGUACAAGAUGGAGUGGGACCAUACAUUAAAUGGAAUGUGUGUCGUUGAAAGGAUCAGUCGUGACACCAUGGUUUUGCAUCAAAAACAUAAAACAGUCUGGCCAGCAGCAUCUCGUGAAUCGUUGUUUGUUUCACAUAUUCGCAGAGUGGAUGAAUUGAAGAGUAAAGAGGCACAUGAUCUUUAUAUCGUAUGUAACAAGGAUGUAACACGACCGGAUGUUCCUGUCGCCUCUUCGAGUGUUCGUGUUGGUCUUAAGGUUUCAAUGAUAUGCGAAACUGUGAUUAAAGAUGUUAACCCAACUGAAGUUUCUCGUGACAACAUUUUGUGUAAUAUUAUCUACGUUUCGCAAGUUCAUCCAGGAGGAUGGGUACCAACAACCGCAUUGCGGCAUGUGUACAAGAAGGAGUACCCCAAAUUUCUGCGAACUUUCACUGACUAUGUCCUUAAAAAUGUCAAAGACAAGCCAGUGUGCAUGUAG